AUGUUUCUGUUGUUCGGGGGAAGCGAAUGUCUGCAGAACCAGGAAGUUCUACCGGUUUUUCAACAUGGAGGCGUCCAUAGUGAACCGUCUGUGAAGGAGACUCAUUUCUUCCGACGUUCUUCGUCAUUAGUGGUCAGAUUUAUGGUCUGACCAUGAAGUGUGCGCGCUGCCUGCUUCAGGUGCAGUGUCUCAGACUGGUGGACCAGCCAGCCAGAUCGGCUGCCCAGUAUGGCACUCUGCUCCAGUCAGCCUCCUUCAGUCAGCCCCGUGUGCUACACAACACCCAGCACCAGGUGUUGAGGCAGUUUCAUACCAGCCCAGCCUGCGCCAAGGGUCGGCCUGUACCUGCAGAGUUUGUUGAUGAGAGCAACAAGAAGAGGGACAAGUCUCUGAUCACCCAUGAUGACCUGUUCGAGCAGGUGGCCAAAGAGGUCAAAACCAAAGCCACAUUUAACAAGGUGGUGGAUGUCUUCAUCAAAAGAGACAUUAGACGGCGGGGUCAUGUGGAGUUUAUCUACGCUGCUCUGAAGAAGAUGCCGGAGUUCGGCGUGGAGAGAGACCUCACCGUCUACAACAAGCUUCUGGACAUUUUCCCCAAAGAAGUGUUUGUGCCCAGAAACUUUAUCCAGCGAAUGUUCAACCACUACCCCCGACAGCAGGAGUGUGGUGUGCAGUUACUGGAGCAAAUGGAGAACUACGGUAUCAUGCCCAACAUGGAGACUAAAGUCCUUCUGGUCCAGAUAUUUGGAGAGAAGGGCCACCCCAUGAGGAAGUAUCAGCGCAUCAUGUACUGGUUCCCCAGGUUCAAGCACUUAAACCCCUUCCCCGUCCCCCAGCAGCUGCCAGAAGACCCAGUGGACCUGGCUCGCCUCAGCCUGACUCGCAUCGCUAAUGACUUGGACGCAAAAGUUACCGUCUACCAGCUGCCCUGUACAGAUGUUACAGAGAGUGGAGAGGAGGUAACACUUCCACAUAUAGUAGGUAUCCAGAGCCCCAGCCAGAUGGAGCUGCUGGCCAAGCAUAACCCAAACAGGCCAGUGUUUGUGGAGGGCCCCUUCCCUCUGUGGCUCAGAAAGACAUGUGUGUACUACUACAUCCUCAGAGCUGACCCCACACCGCUUGAUGAGAAGGUAGAGGAGCCCUAUGAUCCAGAGAGAUGUCUUGACUACCCCCUGCAACUAGACCUGGAUUUGGACUGUGACCUUGGAGAUGACGAGAGCUUUGAUGUAGAAGACCUGGAUGAGGGCCCAGUCUUUGCCAUGUGUAUGACCAGUCAAGGAGACCAGGCCACCCUCAACCAAUGGAUCUCUGGCCUCCAACAGAACAACCCAGUUCUGGGUCAGGUCCCCACUUUGUUUCGUCUGGACGCUGGGCCCCGGGAGCUGCAGGGGGCAGCUGACACAGAGUCAGGCCACUCCCACAGGCCUGAACCAGACACCCAGAGAGAGGAAUCACAGCCUGAGGAAGACUCUGAGGUUACUGUGGAAGAAGACCUAAGGAGGAGCCAGGGGAUGAAACAGUGAACAGCAGUCAGACUGUGUGAUUAAGACUGACAAAGAAAAAAAAUCAUGACAUACUGACUAUAGCUGAUUUAGUUGUAUUUGAUGUAUUUGUCCAGGCUGGUAAAGAGCCAAACAAGGUAGCACACUGACUCAGCACAACCUGAGGAGGACUCUCAAUAAUGUUAGUAAGCUUCAGGAGUCAAAUAAAUGAAAUUAAAACUGAA